UUUUGGUUUUUAGAAUUACGGAGAGAGAUCGUACACCUAUACCAAAGUGAGAGCUCGCUCAUCCUAACGUCUAAUUAUGGUGCUGGUGGUGCAGUUGGUCAGCCUCAUUUAGCUUCAGUGCCAGUAGCUGCUCAUCAGCUCUCAGCUCCACAAGCCCCUCCACCUCAGAUUUUGCAUUCCCAGAUGGUACCCCCACAAGUACCAGCACAUUCUCAGAUUGUACCACCACAUGUAGGACCCCCACAGAUGGCUCCAACACCUGUUCCCAUGCAGGGUCAGCUUGGAGGUCAUGCUUUACUGGCCCCACACCUUCAGGCUAGUGGCAGUAAUGUAUCACAGGAGGUUUUGCCUCAACAAGAGGUGAUUCAGGGAGCUGUGGUGACGUUGUCUCAGCAAGUUGUGCAUCUAACUGCACCCCCAGUGGUAUCCACUGCAGCACCAGUGCCAAACCAACAGUUAGUUCACACUUCAUCUGGCACUCAGCUCGUUACUCUUCCACCAGGUACUCAGAUAAUCAAUACUUCUGAUGGUCCUCGACUUGUUGCAAUUGCUACUGGCACUCAGGUGACAGCACCAGUAGCACCUGUGCCUGUCAGUCAUCAGUCACAUACUGUCCCAUUACAUGACCCACAGGCAGGACCAAGUUCCAUCAUCCAUCAACAGCCUCCUCCUCAAACUAUACCUGUGUCUGUUACUCCAAAUCAUUUGACCAUCAAUCAACCUCCUGUCGUUAGUGAUGGUACUGCUCAGUCUUCAGGGAUAGCAAGGCAAUUAGGGGUUAGUAAUUCUUUUUCUACUGUGAUGUCAAAUACUGUUAGUACUACCAGCCCUCAUACCAAUGUUGGUAUUCAUGGGAAUCCAGAAGUAACUGCCACUUACCCACCUUCGGUGUCAGUAACCCUGCCUCCACCCAGUACAAGCAUGGCAAUAGGAGUCCCUCCCCCAGUUACAGGUUUAGCUAUAGCACCAGGUGGCACCCCUACUUCUGCUAAUGUCUGCUUUGUGUUGACAUCUGGUGCAAAUACACUAACAACAACCUCUGGAGUUGGGUUGCUUGUAAACCAGGAUCCAAGUAUACCCUCCACAGGCCACAUGAAUGUGAGCCAACCGUUGGUAGUGGCAGGGGUAUUACCUCCAACACAGCAGCACCACCAGCAUCAGCAGGUAGCACAGGCAGCAACAGCAUCUUCUUAUCUUGGUGCAGCCCCAAGUCAGCAACUUAAUCCAUCUGGAUAUCCAUCCCAAUCUGUUUUAGAACAACCUGCAAGUACUGGCUACCCACCCCCUGACCAAUCUGUACAAGCAUACAAUCCUUCAAAUCCUGCAAGCACAACUAGUCAGCCAUACACCCAGCUUCAGUCGCAACAGCAUCCAAGAGUUGUCAGUGUAGGAUAUAUGCCAGUAAACCCUGCCAAUACCAUAGAUGGUCCACCUCCAACAAAAAUGGAAUAUCCUGGAGGAGCACCUGGCUCACUCACAGGCCAUCUUCCUACAACUUCUUUGCAGCCUCAGCAGGGACGCCAAAAAAAUGAUCACCUGGCUUCUGGUUCCCCUUACUACACUCCUAGUAAUCAGUCCGAUCAAAGACCUGUUGCUUUAGAACAGCAGUGGCAGCAGUUUCAACAGCAGGUGAAGGUUGAGGGUGGACAGCAACAGUAUGACCCAUAUUCUGCUGCAGAUGAUGCAGAACUUCAUAGCGACGCAAGUAGACAACAGCAGGUGACCAGUAUUGGCCCCUUAACGAGAGGGUUAGGAGCCACUCAGCAGACAAUCUUCAUUCCAUUUCUGCAACUCAUGGUGAUAACAUGCCAAGAGUCAAGUAGCCUCAGCCCAAAAGCUUCAGGAUAA